UAAUGCGAAAAAGCUCAAACACAAGAGGUUUAACUUUAGAUUACGAAAGGUGAAGGGAUUAAAAGUUAAACGAGCUGGGUGACAAUAAAACUGACAAAAAGAUGGUUACCAUCUCGACGACGGAGGACAAGGAGAAGGCCUCAAACUGUGUGACGCCGAAGAAGAAAGCCGCAGCUAACAACACACCUCACACAACAACAGCAGCAGCAACAGCGUCAACUGACAGUACUACAGAACAAACAGCUCCAAAUAUUAUAGUUUAUAAGAAGAUGGAAGCAAUUGUGGAAAAGAUGCAAGCUGAAAGCACUGGCGUUGCAGUUAGAACAGUUAAAGGAUUUAUGUCCAAAAUUCCCUCCGUGUUUAGUGGUGCCGAUCUUAUAUCAUGGAUUUUAAAGAAUCUUGAUGUUGAUGAUACACCUGAAGCCCUACACUUAGCCCACCUUCUAUCAUCGCAUGGUUAUUUGUUUCCAAUUGAUGAUCAUUAUUUGACGGUCAAAAACGACAAUACAUUCUAUAGAUUUCAAACACCUUACUUCUGGCCAAGUAACUGCUUCGAACCUGAGAACACUGAUUAUGCUGUCUAUCUUUGUAAGCGAACAAUGCAGAAUAAGACAAGACUUGAGCUCGCUGAUUAUGAAGCUGAAAAUUUAGCGAAACUGCAAAAGAUGUUCAGUCGCAAAUGGGAAUUUAUUUUUAUGCAAGCUGAAGCACAAAGCAAAGUUGAUAAGAAACGUGAUAAGUUAGAGAGGAAAGUUCUAGACUCGCAAGAGCGAGCAUUCUGGGAUGUAUUUCGACCGAUGCCGAAUUGCAUUAAUACAACUGAAGUUGAUAUUAAGAAAGCUUAUAGAAAAGGUGGUUCGACACUUGGCUCGGGCUCGGGAUCAACGCGAAUUCAUCACAACUUUUCCGUCGAGCAACUUUCUCGUCAUGUUCAAAUGUUAAAGCUCAAACUAGAAAGACGAACGAUAAAAAUAUCAAAAGUAGCUGAAUCUUACAUCUCGUACUUUGAACAGUAUCGAGAGUUUGAUUACUUUUUAACACCGCCGGAGUAUCAAAAUCCUUGGACAAGUGACAACACUGAGUUCUGGGAAAUGAACAAAGAAAUAUCGUUGAAACGUGUCAAACGAUGGGGAUUUAGCUUACGUGAGUUAUUAAAAGAUCCAGCUGGAAGAGAACAAUUUGCAAGAUUUUUAGAUAAAGAGUUUAGCGGGGAAAAUUUAAAGUUUUGGGAAGCUAUUCAGAACUUGAAGUCUUUACCUCAAUCUCAGGUGAAAGAAGCAGCAAAGAAAAUUUUCGAUGAGUUCUUAGCACCGGAAGCGCCAUGUCCGGUGAAUGUUGAUUCAAAGUCAGUCGAACUGGCGAAGGUGGCUUUGACGAACGGUCCGAGUUUCUUUUGCUUUGAUGUUGCCGCUGAACAUAUUUACUUGCUGAUGAAGAAUGAUUCAUACCCACGAUAUUUACGAUCAGAUAUUUAUAAAGAAUGCUUAAAUUGUUCAAAGAAGAAAGUCAAGUCGAUCCCAAAUCUGUUUGGAAAAAUUCAACGAUAAGUUGACGAUCGUCACACAUAAAACGGGUGAAAAAAAAUUCUUUUAAUCAAUCAAAUUUUUAAAGUCAACUCAUUAAGAGAAAUUUCAAGACACGUCGGAAUAUUUUCCUUAAAAACAUUCCAAUUGGUUUUCCCUAAUCCUUACAUUUGUCAUGACACUCAUUAAAUAAAUAAAUUAAAAGAAAAAAAACUUAAUGUACGUAGGCAAAUAAUGAUUAUAGAGAUAAUUAGCAGCUUUAACUGGAUGGAUUAGAAGCGUUUGAUAACAAACGAUAAGAUACGAGCGUUAAAUCAUGGUUAAAAGUUUACAAAUUUUAAAGUUUGAUGUUGAUCAUAAAUUAACAAGAAAAGUCACAAAUACUAGUGACACUCACUCAUGUUAUGAUGGGAGAUUAUCCAGAUGAACAAAAACAAAUUAAAUAAAGCUGUAAUAAGAAUCACACAGUUAAAA